CAGUUUGUGGUGGGUUAACCAAAACUUUCUCACUCUCUCUUGGAGAAAGGAAAAUGGCAGUAAACAUCUAGCCAAACUUCCACCAAACAAUACGGAAAAAGAGGUCUCUUGGAAGGAUCAGGAGAAAGCAAGGGAACGGACAACUUCAUCACACAUACAGCAUUGCAGAAAAGAUUUACCUCACAGUAUUGAGCCUGUCUUAAAGGUCACGCCAACACCAACCCUUACCCACAGGGCAUUACCACAGUACCCACACAAGGAAGUUUCUCCACUGCAGCAGGACAGCCUUAGAGAUGUGGGAGUGACAGAGGAAGGGGAUCAUGACCUAUCUAUUACCUCCGAUUUGGCCAACCAUCUUGGAAAGUUGUCAUUGUCAGACAGCAUGAGUUCCAACGAGUCCACAAAGCUAAACCGAUCUCCACAGCCUCAUCAGCGUAGUAAUAAAUUCCCCAGUUCCAGCCAGUCUACGAAUCGCAAGGAUUCCACGUUACGAGAUGGUUUAGCUGAUCACCAAAAGACCAUAACUGGAAUAAGUGUGAACCAUACCCAGGUCAAAACUGACUCCAAGACGAUGGUCUCUCCUCCCAAAACAGAUCUUGUUCCAUCAGUAACCGUAUCAAGUCCAGUUGUUGUACACACAAACUCUGACCAAAGCCAGAGAGACAAGAAUUCUUCAGACUCCGAAGCUCUUGCCAAGAGCUGCAAGCUUGCUAAAAUACGACAGGAUCACCUGAACAAGAAGCGAGAGCAGAUGAAACAUGUGAAAAUGCCGGAACUGAUGGAGACACAGGAAGUUGGCAGUUUAAACGGAACAAAGAAAGCAGAGACCAACGGAGAAGUGGUCCAGCCUCCUCCACCCUCUAACCAGCCAGCCUUUCCGAGCAUACCCAACUCAUUCCUACAAACGCUAAAGCUCAACUCUGACACUGUCAACGGAGAUGAUGAUGGGUCUGAGCAAGCCAAUGAACUGGAAAUUGAGAAAAAAUUCACCAGUUUGUCUCUUGCAUUCAAAACUGACAAGCUAACAUUGGAAAAGCGUCUUGAAAUCCAAGAAAGGUCCCGAGACAUUGCUGAACAGAAUGUUGACACAGAACUAAAAGGACUGAAGGACAAUCUGGAGACCCUGAACCAGUUAUGUACAGAUACACAGGUACGAGACGUCCUCCGGAAGAUACAGGCACACCUAGAUAUCCUCGAACAAGCUGCAGCAAGGGUGUCAAGCCGGGCAGAGGUGUUUGGGGCUGUACAACAGGAAAAGAGGAUGAGUAAGGCAAUAGAGAUUAUGAUUACACAUGUGGACACCAUACGAAUGGUGCAUGAACGUGUCAACUCUGAAUUGGAAGAAGCUAGAAAACUUUUACAAGACAGUCGACCCUUUGGAAGUGCUGGUUUAGAGAUGGGUGAUUUUCCACACAUCAGUAAAAGAUCUUUGUCCCUGUCCCAGCAAGGUCAAGGCUUCCAAUCACGUACAAAGGGCCGGCGUGUCAGUGAGGUUGCCAUUCCUCGAGCUCUGGGAGGGACAGGUGUACCGUCUUUCACCCACUCCUCUUCGAUGGAUGCUUCUACUAUGUCUCUGGAAUGCAAGCAACCAACUUGGCCAAGGAAAGACUCGCCAGACUCAGAGGAUGCUAAAUCGCGCUUCCAGUGUGCUGUGGCAUCUAUGGCCAUGAAAAAUGCUGUUACAGACACUUUCCGAAGAGGCUCUGCCACCCUGGGGAAACAAGCCUCUGUCAGUGGCACACCUCCUAAAUCAAGAGAGAACUCAACCGAGAGCAAAGAGAAUUCAGACAAAUCCCCAAGUAAACAGAAUUCAAAGGAAGAGGAAGCGUUCCAGAAAGGAUUUCAGCAAGGCUACAAAGCUCAGAUGGGGCGCGAACUUUCGUCCUUACGAGAACACCAGAACUCUAUCAACCAGAAUCUGGAGGAUCUCAUGGAUAACUAUGACAGUCCACCUGAGGAAGAGGAAAGGGCAUUCAAGGAGGUUGUAAUGGAGAAAAUAUGGGAUAUGGUGCCAGAGUGGGAGAUUGCAGGCAAGCGGUUGAGGAUGACACUAGCAGGUCUUGUCUUCUUCAUGGCACUGUGUAGCAUUAUCAUGUCCUUCCUGCCAAUAGGUCAAGCCAUCCAGGUGUUUCCUGAUUACAGACACAUGGACCACCCACCUCUCUGAUGCCUGUUCUUAUUCUAAGUUAGAAACAUCAUAUUUGUUAUGUUUUGGUAUUUAUACAUAAGGUAAUUUACAGUUGCUUAUUUGCGUCAGAAAGUCAUUUUUUUAGUGUUUAUGUAGUUCAUCCAUCUUGAUAGUGUUACCAGUGUUUUAGUUUUUAAUUGGAUCAGUAAUAUAAAAUAGUUUGUGACAAUAUCGCUUUCAUUAUGAAUCAAGGAUUUUCAUGAAAGAAUUAAAAUGGCUUAUUUAUUUGUUCUUAUUCAGGUAAUUUACUAUGAACUGUUUGAUGAGAAAUGUCUUUGGAGGAAUUGAUUAAUGUGUGAAUUUCAUAGUAUUUUUUGGAUGUGGGAGAUACGUUAGAAUAUGUCUGUGUAAUUUUAGCUCAUUUGAAAAUUAGAAUGACAUGUGACAGAAAAUUGUGACUUCCCUAUUUUGCCAUACCUCUAACUGGUAAGGCCAUUUGGAGGUUUGUUCCCAUUUCAAAUGGAUCAGUUUCUAGGUUCUUAGAAAGAAGAUUGGUCUCAGCAAGCCAUACAGCAAAAUAAAUAUUUUUUUAUUUAGCUUUUCAAGUUCUUCUUUAUCUAACUUGGACAAAUACUGAGUUAUUUCCCCUUGAUCAGGGCAACCAGCCAAUCUUUUCCUGUUCAGGUUUGUUUGAACACAUAACAUCAUUUUGAUUAUCUAGAGAAAAACUAUUUCCUUGAUUUUGAAAUAAUGUAAAAAUUUAUUUUAGAUUCAUCUUAAAACAGACACAUUAGAUUCAUUUCAAAGAUACAUUAUGAAAAUGUUAUAUUGAACUUGUAGUGUUAUUCUGAACAAAACUUUAACAUGUCUGUGAUUUUUGUUUUGUUUUUAAAAUCCACUGUCUGUUUAUGACUCAUUCCUCUCGAAUUCUUUGAAGUGCAAUUGCAAAAAGAAAUCUAAAUAAGUAUUGUACAAAACAAUAAAUGAUAUUCAUGUAUUAGUUAUGUAUUAUAGUUAAAUGUGUUCUUACUAUUUCCUGUCCUAUUUUAUCACUCAUCUUAUCAUCUAGCAGUGUGCUUAAACACUUUUGUCCUAAAACGUAGCGUCCUCGAAUUCCAUUUUAACAUAUCUAAUUACAGAUAAACAUGCUUAAUGAAUCAGAAGAAAAUCGUUUAUAUACUUUUCCUGUCAUAGCUAUGUACUUGCAAUUCAACAUAUCAUAUAUUUAAAAAAGAAGCUUCUAUGAUUAGAAUAUUUGGUAAUAGCAUGUUUUGAAAGUUAUUUGGUGAUUCACAUUGUAUGUUUUUUCAUCAAUACUGUGAUACUUUGCAAAAAAUAUAUUAAUUUAUGCAUACAUGUAUUCAAUAAUUGUGUUUUCUUAAUAAAUAGAUGUUAUGUAUGAUUUUUGCCACAUGAUAGUCAUGUGACAGUGCUGUGAUUGAUUGCUGUGUAUAGUAUUACACAGAGAAUGUAAACCAGUUUGAGAAUUUAAUGGUGUUAAUGAGAAAUGCUGUAGAUGUAAUAUAUGCAAUAGCUUUUCAGUUUGUAUUAUUAAGUUACUGUGUGCAAUAAUGUAACAUACUGGUAUCUUUUAAGUAUACUGGUUGGUUUAGCCAUGUGCUAUGAAUUUGAUGAAAAAUACUAACGUACAUCGUAAAUUUACCUUGCCAAAUUACCUCCCUUUACCAAAAUAUGUAUAUUUGAUCUUCAACUGUUCAGAGUUGUGUUCAUCAUUUUCAAUUUGUUUGAUACUCCAUGUAAUACACGUCAUGUGAAAAUUUCAUUUAAGUUUGUAGUUACCAGAUAUUUCCAUUCAAGUAUGAAGAACAACUUUCACAGCAUGCAUUAAUGUUUAGUAUUUCCAAGAUCUCCUAAUACAAUGACCCAUUCUAUAGUACACACUCAACCUCAAGCUGAACAAAAAUGCCUUUGUUACUGUACCAUCAAGGGAGGUAACCUGGUACCUAGAAUAAGAAUCCUGGUCACACACAUUCAAUAGCAGUUCAGUUAUCUCACACUGUAAAUCUUAGUAUAUAUAUUUCUGCAGUAACAGAGAGUUUUCUGUUUUAAUCAAAUAGCUAUAUUUUAUGUAACGCCAUAGAUUAAUCAGUUAUUAUUUGAGACAAUAAAAAUUUGUUUUGAAGAGA